CACGGUGGACAGCCUGGCUGCUGCGUCAAGGGACUUUGGGUUCGCCAAGCUUUCAGACUUUGAGGAUUUCUGCGCGCCGAGGACCUGCAAAACACAUUCUUCACAGGGUUUGGGCUGAACUAAGCUCCGUUUUUCAAACAUCACAGCCGACCUGUGAUCAGAGAAAAGAAGCUAAAACAUGAAUGGACAACCUGUGCCUGUCUUCGAGGAGAAGAAGCCUUCCCUCCCCGGGGCUGGGAGCUCCAUCUCGGCCACCAAGGACUCGCCGACCCUCCCGGAGUCCUCCUCCACCGACAUGGGCUUCUACAGCGGCCAGACGGCGCACCACAGCCCGCAGGAUUUCUACCAGGCGCAGCAGUCCUAUUCAACUCAACCCGUGAACCCGUACACAUACCACCACUAUAAUCUGAAUGGGAUGGGUGCAGGGGGUGCCUACCCUGUUGGCAAAGCAGACUACUCAUACCCACAUGCAACGUAUAGACAACACGGGCCCUUCAGCAGAGACGUGCACACAACGCUACAAGACGUCGUGAAAGAGGAGCCAGAAGUGGAGGUUCGGAUGGUCAACGGGAAGCCCAAGAAGGUGCGGAAGCCUCGGACCAUCUAUUCCAGUUUCCAGCUGGCCGCCCUGCAGCGGCGUUUCCAGUCAGCCCAGUACCUGGCCCUGCCGGAGCGGGCCGAGCUCGCCGCACAGCUUGGCCUCACCCAAACACAGGUCAAAAUUUGGUUCCAGAACCGUCGCUCCAAGUUCAAGAAGCUCUACAAAAACGGAGAGUUUCCCCUCGGGGAUAUCCCUCUUGACCAAAGUCCAGAUGCCAGUGAUUCCAUGGCCUGCAACUCUCCCCCAUCCCCGGCUGUUUGGGAAAACAAAAACAGCAACAACAACAACAACGUCAACAUCAUCAACAACAACAGCAACAGCAGCGUUGCCAGCACAAAUGGCAACAGCAGUAGCAGCAGCAACAAGAAUAACGCAGGGCUGGAUCCUGCCAGUAGGGGGCAGGGUCUCUACCAGCCUCUUGUCGACUCAUCACCGGCCUUCAUGGGGGAAUAUACACACCAAAACUGGUACCAGCAGCAGGGUGCACACUUAGGUUUACCACAAACGGAUCCAACUCACCACACGCCGCCACCAGCACCGCCAUCUACACAAAGCAUGGGUGCCGUCUACUGACUGUAAAAACGUGGAAAAGACGAGAGUCGUGAGUGUUCACACUGUGCGCGUUUGAUUAUAUGGAGUGGUAGUGUGACCAAAAAACAUUCUGACAGUGGUCUCAAGACAAGAGUCGAGACUGUAAAACCUGACUGGGACGUCAAAUAGCCCUUUUACAAAAGUGGAUUUCCAGAAGGUUAAACAAACGCGCUAUGUCAGAGGUUGUAGUGGUUGGACAGCGUGACUUUCCUGAGUCCCAGGCAGGCCUGAUGUAUUGGUGCAAGAAACCAGAAGGUGAUGUUGAGCUCAUGGUGGCUCAUGACAUUUUGGUUGCACAAGUUACAAAAUACAAUUUAAUUACUGAGGGGGAAAUUUGAUAGGAAGCAUCACCAACAUGUUGUGUUAAAUCCAUAGCAAGCAUCUCCAUUUUGACAGAGUGAGAAAAGUCUGGCAGGAUGCUCAGUGGAAACUUGGCUUCUGUGUUUUCAAAGGAGCUUUAAAAUACUAAAGAAGGGUCUAUAGGUGGCUCUUGUCUUUCUUUUCUGCACCCUAUGAGAAUGCUGUUUUUGUUUGAAAAGCCUUUUUGUUUCUUAUAAAAUUCAACAUGUUGCACAUCAAAGUAGAACUAUUUGACUAAUAAAAGACAGCAGUGUCCCUCAACAAAAAUGAUGCCCUAUGUUCACAUUAUAUCUUAUUCCAACCCUGAUUAUUUCCUACCUGUGCCACAGAUCUAAUGUUUGCUUAUCAGGUAAACUUUGUGUCAUUGAAGUGAGACAAAUGUCUUGGUGCCCACAGUAGCUUGGCUGAGCCAGCAGCAGCACAGACAAGAGCAAGGAAAGCAAAAGAAGCCAAAUUGCCAGCUUGGCUGGUGUUCAGGGAGACGCCUCAACGCAGUCAGAACUGGAAGGUACAUACUGUAACCCAAAUGUGUUGGAACAAGUCUAGGUACAGAAACGGAUGUUACGUCUUUGGUGAAGUGUCUGUAUGUGAAUUUGUGUCUUUUUGACAUCGCUGUCAGUUCACAUCUGGGUUACAGGGGUUAUUAAGAGCAGUAAUUCUGAAUUGAGCACUCAGGCCAGAAUGCACGAAUUUGAAUGAGAUGUGUUGGUGAUAUGUUUAUCUGUUUGCGGUGUGACCGCUGAGAGCCAUGCUGUCUGCACGCCGCCUUUGAGCUGCCUAUGCAAAUCAGUGCAAAAGUCAGAUGUGUUUAACUGCACGUACUUUCCUGAAUGCAUCAACAGAGUUGGAUUUUUCUCUUAGUUCACGCUAACAAAGCGCCGAUCUCUGAAACAGUUCCUGUAUAUA